GGCGCCAUUUCAUGUUGGAGGUUAUGAACUGAAAACCUGAAAUAAAAGGAGUUAAAUCUGUGAUUCAGACGGACAUUUAACUGGUGAGUCUACCGAUUGAAGAAUACUUCAAAGAUUUGAAGAAAUGGAUGAUACUCUUAAAAAUUACCUGAGCUGCCACGUUUGUUCAGAGAUUUUCAAAGAUCCGGUGUCUCUGAGCUGCAACCACAACUUCUGUUCAAGCUGUCUGAAAAAGUUCUGGGAACAAACUAAAACCCGAAACUGUCCCAUCUGUAAAAGAAAAUCUUCUAAAGAUGAUCUUGGUAUGAACUUUUCACUGAAGGAACUUGCCGACUCUUUUGCUGCAACACAGACAGGUGGAUCAUAUGAGACUGAAAAAGAAGAAAAGAGGCUGGAGGAGGUUUGUAGGAAACACCCAGAAAAACCUCAACUGUUCUGCAGAGAUGAACAGAGAGCUGUGUGUCCUGUCUGUGAGUUUUCUCUCCACCAGAACCACAAAGUGGUUCCUGUAGAAGAAGCAGUCAGUGAGCUGAAGGAGCAGCUGAAAUCUGACUUAAAGUCUCUGCAGGACAAGAGGGACAAAUACAAACAAGUGGAGGAAAUAUAUAAAGAUGUGGUUCAACACUCCAAGAAGCAGCUGUUGUCCACAGAGAAGCAGAUCAGAGCAGAGUUCAACAAACUCCAGCAGUUCCUGAAAGAGGAAGAGGAGUCCAGACUGGCAGCUCUGAGGGAGGAAGAGGAGCAGAAGGGGAGGAGAAUCAGCAGGGAGAGGAAGAGGAUCCAGGAGCAGAUCUCCUCUCUGUCAGACAGCAUCUCUGCUGUUGAAAACGACCUGCAGAAAGACAACGUGAUGUUCCUCAGCAGGUAUAAACCCACUCAGGACAGAGCCAGAGACCAGUGCUCAGUGUCAGAUCCACAGCUGCUCUCAGGAGCUCUGAUAGAUGAGGCCAAACACCUGGGCAACCUGGCCUUCAGAGUCUGGGAGAAGAUGAGGGACAAGGUCCACUUCAGUCCUGUUAUUCUGGACCCAAACACUGCAAACCACUGUCUCCAUCUGUCUGCUGAUCUGACCAGUUUGAGUUAUGGAGCUACAAACCAGCAGCUUCCUGAUAAUCCGGAGAGAAAUUUGAAGUAUCGCCUAGUUUUUGGUUCAGAGGGUUUCAUCUCAGGGAAACACAGCUGGGAGGUGGAGGUGGGAGAUCAUCCCUCCUGGUUUGUUGGUUUGAUUAAAGACUCAUUUGACAGGAAGGGAGGGACAUUGUCUUCAACUGGAAACUGGUCUUUAGUGCUUCAUGAUGGAAAAUACAUUAAUGGUUUUGGUAAGACCGUCACGGUGAAGACGAGUCUCCAGAGGAUCAGAGUCCAGCUGGACUAUGAUGGGGGGGAGGUUUCCUUCUACAACCCUGAAGACAUGACACACAUCUACACUCACAGAGGCACUUUCACUGAGAAACUCUUCCCUUAUUUCUGUGUUGGAAAGUCUUGUGAUGCAAAAACGUCUGAGAUCAGAAUCUGUCAGACAAAGAAUAGAUUAACUUGAGAUAGAGAAAAUAUAUUUAUGUGUCUUUAAUGUUUUGAUGGAAUAACUUUUCCAAGAUCAGGAUUAUUUUAAGUAAAAAGUUCACAUGUACAAACAAACGAAUCCCAAAACGUAGAAAAUAUGACACAUUUAAAUAUUAUUGUAAAACAUUCAGAGUAUUUGUUCAGCGUUGAAUAAGAUACCAAAAUAUAAAGGUUUAAAAAGUUGUGAGUCAUUUUAUCCAAGUUUGUAUUCAUGUUAUAAAUGUGCUGGAAUCACUGGAAUGAGAUUGUGUUUUACUUUAAAACUUUACUGUUAAAAUAAAUGUAGUCUAGUAAGUAGUAGUGUGUUAAGCAGCAGCUCAUAUACUGAGGCUACAGUCCUCCUGCAGCGGUCGCAGGUUCGAAUCCUGGCCUGCGCACCUUUGCUGCAUGUCAUCCACAUUCUCUCUCUCUACCCCCUUCCUGUCUGCAACUUGAAUAAAGAGCCACUACAGCCCCUAAAAAAUCUUAAAAAAAAGAAAGAAAAAAUCAGCCAUGUUCCUAAAUCUGAGAGCUAUUUUUAAUCAACCUGCUGAUUUUAUAACAUAAAAGAGUAAAAGUCAAAUGAAAUCGGUACUAAAGAACAUAUUUCUGUGUAAAUGUUGUAAGUGUUCAAAUUUCAGAGUUUAUAAGUCGCUCCUCAAGUUUCAGUCCAAAGAUCAGAGUUUUUAAACAAACUGCAACUAAAAGAUACUAAAACAUGGAAAACUGUUUAAACGUCUACAAACACGGCUGGUUCUCAUGUGAGCAAAUGUUUUAUAAUUGUUGCUUUAUGUCUUUUUAAACCAUUUUAAAUGUAUCAUGUAUGUAUGUUUAUUUUAUCAUUCUUAACUGUGGUUCAUAAAACCUUCAGAUGUGAAACAUUGAUUUUGUUCAAGUUUCUUUCAAUCAAACAUCUGUAUUAACCUGGUAAACAAACAUGAUCAUGAUUUAUUUUAAUUAUUUGAUAUCCGGAUUUUAAUAAACUGCAUGUAAUUUCUU